AUGGAUUUCAGGCUAAUGGGAUUCGACACCCCACUUUUCCACACCCUCCAUCACCUAGUGGACGCAGCUGAGGAUGGCGAGAACAAGUCCAUGAGUGCACCAACAAGAACCUACGUCCGAGAUGCCAAGGCCAUGGCGGCAACACCGGCCGACAUCAAAGAGUACCCGAAUUCUUACGCCUUCAUUGUCGACAUGCCGGGAUUGAAGUCCGGCGACAUCAAAGUGCAGGUGGAGGAAGACAAUGUGCUGCUGAUAUCUGGGGAGAGGAAAAGAGAGGAGGAAAAAGAGGGUGCAAAGUAUGUAAGAAUGGAGAGGAGAGUUGGGAAAUUUAUGAGGAAAUUUGUGCUGCCUGAUAAUGCAAAUACUGAAGCAAUUUCUGCUACAUGUCAAGAUGGGGUCUUGACUGUGACUGUUCAGAAAUUGCCUCCUCCUGAACCCAAGAAACCCAAGACUAUUGAGGUUAAAAUUGGUUGA